AUUGAAACUUGAGUUGCUUGAGUGAGGUUGUAACUAGAGAGGUUUCACUUCAAGUAAUCACAAGAACAAAACAUGGCUUUCGAUCCCAUUCCGGCGAGCAUCAGGAAGGUUUGGGACACAUGGAACCUCAGGGGCUUCAUCAUCCUGAGCCUCUCUCUUCAGACCAUCCUCAUCUUCUUUGCACCGUUCAGGAAGAGAACGGCCAACAUGUUCAUGAUGUUCGUCUUGUGGUCGGCUUACUUGCUGGCCGAUUGGGCUGCUGCGUUUGCGGUAGGACUCAUUUCCAACAGCCAAGGCGAUGACUCUGCUCUGGCCGACAACGGAGAUCUCUUAGCAUUCUGGGCACCUUUCCUUCUGGUGCAUCUUGGCGGUCCAGACACCAUCACUGCCUUUGCGCUGGAAGAUAAUGCCCUCUGGCUGCGGCACUUGCUUGGCCUUCUUUUCCAAGUUUUUGCCGCGUGCUAUGUGUUCCUCCAGACACUGCCCCAUAACAAGCUUUUAGUGCCAACCAUACUGAUGCUUCUUGCUGGGUUGAUCAAGUAUGCAGAGAGGACUAGAGCUUUGUAUCUUGCAAGCCUGGAGACUUUCAAGAAAUCCAUGCUCAAAGAGCCCGAUCCGGGUCCAAACUACGCGAAGUUUAUGGAUGAGUACUCAUCGCGGAAGGAGGCCAAGCUCCCAGCCCGCAUCAAUAUCACCGGAGAACCCGACAGAGAAUCUAAGACUAUGACCUAUGACGGCGUGAAAGAAGGGAUUCUUUCCAAGAGCGACGUCGUGAUGCAUGCCCACCACUUCUUCGAAAUCUUCAAGGGUCUAAUUGUCGAUCUCAUCUUCAGCUUUCGUGAGCGGCACGAGAGCCGGCAGUUUUUCCAGCAGAGGUCUGCAGAGGAUGCUUUCAAAGUCAUAGCGGUCGAGCUCAACUUCAUGUACAAGGUCCUGUACACCAAAGUCCGGGUGGUACAUUCUAUAGUUGGUUAUAUUUUUCGGUUCUUUGCAUUUGCGAAUAUCGUGGUAGCUCGUGUUGUUCACCUGCCUAAAGAAGAAUGGAUUCCAUAGUUUUGAUGUUGGAAUUACCUACUGCUUGCUCUACGGGGCUGUUUCUCUAGAUGCAAUAGCUCUUUCUAUGGCCAUUUUCUCUGAUUGGACUGUUGCUACCAUAAAAAAUAUCAAGAGAAGAUCCAAAAUGGCGAUCCUGUUUGAUAAACUCGUCGGUGCACAAUUCCUCUCGAUAAUGGAUCGGAGGAAGGAUUUGGGCAAGACUAAAUGUCGAAUAGGCAAUGUUGAGUAUGAUGUGUUCGAUACACCAGUAAUGUUCCGAAGGUGGUCUGAGACCAUCUCGGUUUACAACCUGUUAUCCUAUUGUCUGAAAGAGCGUCCAACAAGAAUCUCCAAACCGCAGGGGUGCCUGAGCAGCUGUUUCGGUAAAAUUGUCAGUUUUCCAUGCUACAUCAUGGGAAUGGUAAUGUCCUGGCUAGCUCCCUUGGUGAAUCAAUUUCAAGUUGCUUAUUUUUGGGCUGCAUCUUCAGAGAUGUUGCUCACGUUUCCAAAAAAAUCUUCAGUUUUAUCACUGAUAAAUUGGGCAUAGCGGACAUACUCGACGAAAUCAAAUAUGUGUCCAGUAAUCCCUUCAUCAAGAAGCUUUGGGAGUUUAUAUUCGACGAGUUGCAAGACAAGGUGUCAUUCGCAGAUGACGCUGAGACGGCCAGGAAGAUAUGUGAGGCACGAGGUGAAUGGGUUCUCCAGGGCAGCGUGAGGGAGCAAGAAUGUUCCCGUUUGAUGCAAUAUGUCGAGGAAGUCGAGUACGACCGUAGUCUUCUAUUGUGGCACAUUGCUACGGAGAUCUGCUACAACAAAGACGACAACCCCAACCCUGAUGCCCAAAAUUAUAGGAUAUUCAGUAAGAUCCUAUCGGACUACAUGUUAUAUCUCCUAGUGAAGCAACCCAAGAUGAUGUCCGCUGUUGCGGGCAUCGGCCAGAUUAGGUACCGAGACACCUGUGCCGAGGCCAGGAAGUUCUUCAGCAGACGGGGGAUCAAAAUGGUUUCUGAGAAGACUAAGAA